AUGUUGCUGAGGUUUGAAUCCAAAUGGGGACAGUUCCGGCUGAACGUCGAACCGACCCAAAAGUUCUCCUCUUUGACCAGCCAGAUCUUGGACCACCUCCCCCCGGACACUGAUGCCUCCUCUAUAACUGUGAGCAACAAGCCCGUCGGCGCUAAGCCAGACCCUGAACGAGAACGUCGGCUCGUCGAGCUGCCAGGGGUGGAGCUGCGGCAGGUUGGUCUUAAACAUGGCGACAAGUUAUAUCUUGGAUUCUCCCAAGUGCAAAAUCUCUCAAACGGGCACACAAACGGCGACGCACCCCCUGCGCCUCGACGGCUGAAUGGAACAAUUGCGCUACCCGAUCCUCACGAACUCGUGGUUGCUCCUACGGUUACCUCUCCAACCUUGAUCCGAAAUCCUUGGGAGGUGGUUAAGCAGUCUCCUCUGGAUGAUCGGCUAGACAAGGCGGAUGGGAAAAUCGCGCGACCUAGAGACCCCCGGAUGUGUCAACAUGGCCCUAAAGGCAUGUGUGACCAUUGCCAGCCAUUAGAGCCUUAUGAUAAGAAAUAUUUGGACGAAAAGAAGAUCAAACACCUAUCGUUCCACGCCUACCUGCGCAAGAUCAACUCUGCUACCAAUAAGCCAGAACUCAAAAGCUCCUAUAUGCCACCCCUCUCAGAACCAUACUACCGUGUGAAAAAGGAUUGUCCAUCGGGUCAUCCGCCGUGGCCGGAGGGGAUUUGUACCAAGUGCCAGCCUAGCGCCAUCACGCUUCAACCUCAAGCAUUCAGAAUGGUCGAUCAUGUCGAGUUUGCUUCGGCCGACAUGGUGGACAAGUUGAUCGAUUUCUGGCGAAAGUCUGGCUGCCAGCGGCUUGGAUUUUUGUACGGUCGAUAUGAAGAGUACACAGAGGUUCCACUAGGUAUUAAAGCCGUGAUUGAAGCCAUUUACGAACCGCCUCAGAUGUGUGAGGUUGACGGCCUCACAAUAUUAGACUGGGAAAAUGAAAAAGAGGUCGAUGAGGUGGCCAGAUUGUGUGGCCUUGAGCCUGUGGGCGUUAUUUUCACGGAUCUGCUGACUCCCGAAGAUGGGGAAGGACAAGCAGUUUGCAAACGACACAUCGACUCAUACUUCCUUUCCUCCCUGGAGAUCGUGUUUGCAGCCCGUCUCCAGGCCAAAUACCCGAAGCCUUCGAAGUGGAGCGACACGGGCCGAUUCGGUUCAAACUUUGUCACCUGCGUCGUUACUGGCGAUGCGGACCAGAGCAUAACCAUCAAUGCCUAUCAAGCCUCCAAUGCCGCGGUCGAAAUGGCCCGUGCGGACAUUGUAGAGCCCUCAGCAGAACCCUCUCUGAUGCUCGUCCAGUCUGAGGAAGAUGAAGCUGAGGGUAGAAGGACUCGAUAUAUCCCGGAAGUCUUCUAUCGUCAGAUCAAUGAAUAUGGUGCCAAUGUGCAAGAAAACGCGAAGCCAGCGUUCCCAGUGGAGUAUUUGUUGGUGUCACUGACUGCUGGCAUGCCUAUCAACCCCAAUCCUCUGUUCAAGACCAGCAAAUUCCCCAUCGAAAACCGAGAAGCUGUGGCAGAAGGGCAAGAUCCACGGGAUGUGGCCGAACAGCUCCGUUCGUCCCCAUCUGUAGACGCUGUAUCGGACUUCCAUUUGCUCUGCUUCCUGCACGGCAUGGGGGUGUUCAGCAAGGAGGAAGAACAGCUCCUCGGAAAUGUGGCUACCAAGCGUGAUCAGGUCGACGCCGUCCGACUGACCCACUCUUCCGGCUGGAGCACCCUGAUGGCGAUACUGGAAUCAUAUGGUGAGCGGCCCUUGAAGCGCCCAUGGCCUUUGGAAUCGGAGGAAGAUUGCAACCCUAGCAGCCCAUCAGAAAUCCUGGCUAAGCGAUUCAAACAGGCGGCUAGCCUCGAGCGCUAG